AGGGCGCAAUUACGUCUAGACGUAAACAACAGCAGAACAGUAACACAGGUUCCCCAGUGCUGAGAUUUCAACUUAACAAAACAAGAUACUUAAUAACAUGUUGAUACAAUUGUUUUCAAGAAAUUUGAAUUAAACAACGACGUUUUGACGAGGUACAGUGAAUAAUAUUGCAGAAUGCCUGGCAAACUGAAGGUACAGAUCAUUGCAGCAAGGGACCUUCCUGUCAUGGACAGGGCCAGCGAUCUUGCUGAUGCAUUUGUCGAGGUCAAACUUGGACAAGUAACUCACAAGACAGAAACCUGUCGUAAGUCCCUCAACCCCCAGUGGCAGUCAGAGUGGUUCAAGUUUGAGGUUGAUGAUGAGGAAUUGCAGGACGAACCACUGCAGCUAAGAAUAAUGGACUACGACACAUACAGUGCUCAUGAUGCCAUAGGCAAGGUUUACAUCGAUCUGAACCCCCUACUUUUGAAAGAUGGAGCAUCCGAGAUAGCAGGCUGGCUGCCUAUUUAUGACACCAUGCACGGUAUGAGAGGGGAGAUCAGUGUGGUGGUCAAAGUGGAUCUGCUAGAAAAUGUCAGCAAGUUCAAGGAAUCGUCAUGUGGGGUUCAGUUCUUCAGUUCUAGUGGCAUUCCUACUUGUUACACUGUGAGUGCUGUUCAUGGUUUUGUAGAGGAGCUAGUCGUCAAUGAUGACCCUGAGUAUCAGUGGAUUGACAUGAUCCGAACACCGAGGGCUUCUAAUGAGGCGAGACAGCAGUUAUUCACCAAGCUUUCCGGCGAGCUACAGAGGAAGAUUGGCUUGAAGGUGCUUGAGAGAGAAGGCAAUGCAGUCCUAGGUUACUGGCAGUGUUUUGAUCUGGAGGGUGAAUCUGGCAUCGUGGUCCGAGGUAUCGGCACGGCAGCGCUGAUACACCGAACCAACCCACUGACGUCUCCUCUCUCUACCAGCCCACCACAGGAUCAACUCAACCCAAAGGAAUUUUCUGUCGCAGAAGAUACCCCAGAUGGGACCAUGAUUGGUUCCCCGCUCUACACCCAGCAGUUCUCACAACCAGCCCCUAGGUCACCAUCUAAGGUGGCGCCCUGCCGCCAUUUAUCAGACUCGGACCUGACCUCAGCCCAUCUCGUCGGCAGUCAGGAGAAGCCUGGUAGUGGUGGGAGUGGCGGACUAACCCAGAGGUUAUCACUACUACCUAAACCAACCCUGCCACCAAUAACCAUUGAUAUUCUGGAGUAUCCAUUCUUCACCAUUAAGAAGUUCCCACCUGGGUUCCUGGUGCAUCUAGGGGGGGUGGUCACUGCACGAUCAGUCAAACUGCUGGAUAGAAUCCACAAUCCAGAUGAGCCAGAGACCAGAGAUGCGUGGUGGACGGAGAUCCGGACAGAGAUCAGAUCCCAUGCUGCAGCCAUGGGAUGCCAUGCUGUCCUAGGCUACAAGGAAACUACUAGUAUAUGUGAUGAGAUUUGCCUGUUGUCAGCCACAGGGACGGCCGCCAUUGUCAAUCUGGCAGCGUUCCAGUAUCCAGUGAUUCCCCUAUCCACCCAGACACAGCCGAACCUACUGACCACAUCCCUGGACCGUCAAGACUUCCAGCAACAGAUUCAGCAGAACAGCCAGGAGAAAACGCCACCGCAGACAGACAGCGUCAUGUCAGAGAAUCCCACCGCUGCCACCGAAUCUUGCCCAAAGUGCGCCAUAUGUCACAUUCCAUACAAUGAAUCAUCCCUGCCAUUCCCAGUCACAGUCAGCAAAUGUGCCAUCUGCAAGAGAUCUAAGGUCCCGGAUGUCUUGUUCAAUACGGUAGAGCCUCCCCCUGAGUUGCCCUACACGGGCCGGGGAUGCUGCAUCCAUGCCAGCGUCUGCCGCAGCAAGAAGAAGGCAACAGGAGAAAGCAACGCAGCAAUGAUCAGUGAUGCUCUGCCCUUUAUGGAGUAUGAAAUUCACAGACAGCUCAUGAAUAAACUCAAGGUCAAAGGAAUGAACGCCCUGUUUGGUUUGCGCGUGCAGAUCGUCGUCGGAGAAACACUACUUAUUGGGGUAGCGACGGCGACGGCAGCUUACGUGACUGCCCUACCCCCUCCAGCACCACUGAGAGUCACAAGCCAGUCUGGCGGAGGUGAGACACAAGUUCAGGCUCUUCAGAAGCUACUUCUAGAUACCACCGCAAAGAACAAGGACAUCUACGAACUGCAUCUGCCUGAAUCCCUGGGUGAAACCACAGCAUUGGACAGUCCUCAGCCAAUCCUGGAUAACACCGACGAUCUCACAGACACCCAGUUCCUAGCCUCACAGAAAGACACCUACGUACUGACGGUGGAUGACGUUGAAGACAAGGAAACUGUCGGAGGAUUGUUUGACCCUCUACUCCCAACAGGUUUAUUCAGUUGUACAACAGAGACAGUGCCGGGUAACUUCCGGCCCAGCAAGCAUCUACAGAUGUUCACCAUGAUGAGAACACAGACGCUGGCAGAAACCUCCACCAAGCAUUUUGCUCCUAUAUUUGAUGACCUUAUACAGAGUAUGUGUUUCCAGCUGCGUUCCAUGGCGCCCUGCUGUCUGUGUAGUGUGUGCUAUGAUGUCAACGUACCAGACGAUGAUGUCAUACAGCUGUGGUUAACAGCAUCAGCUGUAGACCUAAGAGAAAAUGCGACGUCCAGCCCUGAAAAGGUGCUCCAAAACAAAGGAAUCCGAUCAACAGAUUCGGAGCUCUUGUUCUCCAUGGAGGAGCUACAAGUCACCGAAGGCGUGCCAGCCUCACCGUCUACACCGAUAGGAAAAGGCUCCAAAGUUCCCAUGCUUGAGAAGAGGAUAGUGCUAACAGAUUCUACGGUAGCACCAGUCUGGCGUCCUAAGGUUGAGAUCACGCCACUCUCCGUUGUACCAGGGGGAGUUAUUGACCAGUACCUUGGAUAUAUCAACCUCUUCUUCGUCCGGGAAUCCAUGUCAGUCAGAGAGUCUGGAGGCGUGAGUGGUUUCAUGUAUAACUUCAUCUCUGAGGUCAACGCUAUCAUCCGAUCCCACGUUGCUUCCUUGGGAGGCAACGCUCUGGUGGCUUACAACCUGGUGGACUGCUUGGUGGAGGACCGAAAUCAUCAGUGUCAGUGCUUGAUCAAUGUGAGUGGCGAUGCAGUGCAUGUCGUGUAUGACGGCUCCGUUUCGGGCAUGGACUCACCCUGCCCUGGUCAGCUACAGAUGUCCCACAGCCAGCAGUUCAGACGUGAUUCCAGUACCGAAGCCUCACCACAGGCAGUGGAGUCAUCACAUUGAAUCAGUUCAACAUCAGACGUUAGUACCCUGCCCUAGUCAGCUACUGAUGCCCCACAGCCAGCAGUACAGUCAUGAUUGCAGUACGGAAGCCUCACCACAAAUAGUGGAGUCAACACAUUAAAUCUGAGCAACGUAAGACGUUGACUCAACCUGCCCUAGUCAGCUACCAAUAUCCUGCAUCCAGCAGUUCAGUCAUGAUUCCUGUACGGCAGCCUUUCACAGACAGUAGAGUCAUCACAUUGAAUCUGAGCAAUGUAAGACGUUGACUAACCCUGCCCUAGUCAGCUACUGAUGUCUCGCAGCUAGCAGUUCAGUUGUGAUUCCAGUACAGAAGCCUCACCACAGAUAGUAGAGUCAUCACAUUGAAUCUGAUUGACAUCAGACGUUGACUCAUCCUGCCCUAGUCAGCUACUGACGUCUUGCAGCCUGCAGUUCAGUCGUGAUUCAAGUACAGAUGCCUUUCACAGAUAGUAGAGUAAUCACAUUGAAUCUGAUCAACAUCAGACAUAGACUCACCCUGCAUAGUCAGCUACCGACGUCCCACAGCCAGCAGUCCAGUCAGGGUUCUAGUACAGAAGCCUUACCAAAGACAGUAGAGUCAUCACAUUGAAUCUGAGCAAUGUAAGACGUUGACUCACCCUGCCCUAGUCAGCUACUGAUGCCCCACAGCCAGCAGUCCAGUCAUGAUUGCAGUACGGAAGCCUCACCACAAAUAGUGGAGUCAACACAUUAAAUCUGAGCAACGUAAGACGUUGACUCAACCUGCCCUAGUCAGCUACCAAUAUCCUGCAUCCAGCAGUUCAGUCAUGAUUCCAGUACGGAAGCCUUUCACAGAUAGUAGAGUCAUCACAUUGAGUCUGAUCAAAGUCAGACGUUGACUCACCCUGCCCUAGUCAGCUACUGACGUCUUGCAGCUUGCAGUUCAGUUGUGAUUCCAGUACAGAAGCCUCACCACAGAUAGUAGAGUCAUCACAUUGAAUCUCAUCAGCAUCAGAGGUCGUCUCACCCUGCCCUAGUCAGCUACCGACAUCUUGCAGCCAGCUGUUCAGUCGUGAUUCAAGUACAGAUGCCCUUCACAGAUAGUGGAGUCACCACAUUGAAUCUGAUUGACAUCAGACAUUGACUCAACCUGCCCUAGUCAGCUUCUGAUGCCCCACAGCCAGCAGUCCAGUCAUGUUCAGUACAGAAGCCUCACCACUCGUAGUGAACGGUCAUCACUGACAUUGAAUCUUAUCAACAUGACACAUUGACUCACCCAGCUAUAGGGUGAGUUUUCUCGAAGGCAUUCUUUCUGUUUGCAGAGGUGUACUUCCGACAAGUUUAUAUCUAAAUAAAAUUGUGUACAUGUACGUUUUAUAUUUCAUGUGAUAUGUGGUUAAGCUUCAGUGUGACACAUUAAUGCCACUUAUAGUUGCCAUGAAUUUUGACUUCCAAUGUAGGAAUGUAAAAGUAUAUACAUGUACAUCAUUCAAAACCAUUCCUUACACCCAUUACUAAGCUGUGUGCAUGGUUUUAUGUGCAAAAACUGGUGACCAUGUACAUAUUUAUCUUAUAUCUCUUAUAUAAUGAAUACCAGAUUUUUUUUUCGUAGAGUUCCCUGAAUGUAUCUCAUUGAUUG